GUUCGGUGGAGAGCCUUUCUCACACAACCUCGUCCCUGCAGCCAUCGCCAGCUGCCUCUACCCACACCUCCCACAUCGCUGAUCCCUCCUUGGUUGACCACACUGCUGCGGACAUGUCUGCUGCAGAGGAGACCCCCAGCGAGUCAGGAUCGGUCUUCCUCCCCGACUACCUCUUCCUCUCCAACUGCGAGUCGGGCAAACUCAGCCACAACAGGUGUGACAGCUGGUCCAAUUCAGACAAAUCUCUGGAGCAAACCUCACUGGACGAUGUAUUUCUUGAAUCCUUGCAGUCCCAGCCCUCCUUGUGCCCUGUACAGCCAUCCAGCACUGGCACUGUGCACCAAGAUGGACCCACUUUGGCAAAUCCCAGCACUGUGUCCAGGAACACAGACAUUAGUGGACCACCCAGUGACAUUUCCUCCUCUUCUCCACUGCUUGGGACACCGCAGACACCAACCUUUCAGACUGACAAGAGCCAAAACACACUACCAUACAGUAUAACCCAGCUGGACAUCCUGUCCAACACACCCCCACCACGGCCGCCCAAGCCAACGCACUUCUCAGACAGGAGAGGGGAUGAGGUGGGCAGUGGGGCCCCUCAGAAUGGAUACACAGGGAUGUGCCAGGCUCAGGUUGCUCUGGUGCCCAGGAGGAUCUCCUUGUCCAGCUUAGACAACGUGAGGAACUGGAAAGCAGACAUGGAAGGCAGUUCCUUAAGAAGUCGGGAUAAGAGGCUUAGCUUGAAUUUGCCUUGUCGGUUCUCCCCACUCUACCCGACUGCUUUGGACAACACAGAGGACAGCUACGUGCCCAUGCGCCCCAGCACCUGUCCCUCUGUGCCUGGCUCUGACUGUUCACCUGAUGGCUACAUCCCCAUGAGCCCCAGCUCAGCCACAUUUACCUUCCCUGUCGUCAGCACUGAAAAACUCACCAGCCCAUUACCUGAAUUUCCCUUGGACCUGGAGCCCCCUCCUGUGAACCGAGACCUCAAGCCUCGUAGGAAAUCACGGCCACCUCCUCUGGACUUGAGGAACCUCUCCACAAUUCGGGAGCAUGCUGCCGUGACCAGGAUGUGGACUGUGCCUUACAAUCGAAUGAGCUUUAUCUCACCAGAAAGAGACGGUAUUAAUUCAGCAAGAAUAUUUGCCAAUUCAGUUUCCGGAGAAGAGGAAGAAAGUUACAUUCAUAUGGAACACAGACAGGCAACAUCUCCAUGCAAUGGUGCUUUUCCAUGGACAAGGAAAUCUAACCUUGAUUACUUAGCACUGGAUUUUAAUUCUGCUUCCCCAUCCCCUGUACAGAAGAAACCUUUUCUCUCUGAGGAGCAGAGAGUGGACUAUGUCCAGGUAGAUGAACAGAAGACUCAAGCUUUACAGAACACUAAGCAGGAAAGCAAUCAAAA